GAUGUUGAUCGGGCGGCCGAGCUGCGCUGGGCUGGGCAUGGCACGAGUUGGCGACUGCACUUAAUACUCUUUUGCUGUUGAAUGUAUUAGACGUUUGGUUACAUGUACUUCAAGAUGGCAGAUUAUGGUAGUGGCAAACAACGUGGGCAGGAUAAAGGGUUUGAAUGCCCUGCAUGCAAGAUGAAAUUCAGUUUCCGAACCAAUCUGAAUCGCCAUAAACGAACAAUCCAUAAAAAGGAGACAAAGAGAGAAAGGACCUCCUGCACCAUUCCUGGAUGCACUGCAAAGUUCUAUCAUCGAACCAAGUUAUUGUCUCAUCUUGAAGUGGUUCAUGGUAAAAAUAUCGACAAGACAGAGUUAACCUUUUCGUCAAUGGACAAGUUUUUCUUGUGGAAGAUGCAGGAGGAAGCACAAAAUUUUGUUUGUUUCACAAAACAGCGAGGAUGUGUGACUCAUAAUUCUGUUACUCACCAACACUAUAUCUGCCAAAGAGAUGGAAGUUCAAGGAGCCACACAUCCAAGGAUCGACCAGGCAGGAAAACAAGAAGGAAACUUCAGAAAGGUGUUAUCAAAACAGAUUUGGUGUGUCCAGCUAGAAUGUUGCUUCGGCAGUGCAAAAAGACAGGAAGAGUGGAUGUUUCAUAUUACAAGUCACACUCUCAUGCUAUCUCACCCGCUGACCUUGUGCACCAUCCUCUCCCAGAAUCAGUGCGGAAGGACAUCAGAAGCAAGCUUGAGUCUGGCUCUACUGUCAACCAAAUCUACCAGGGAUUUCAAAACCCAAGCCCUGGCCUUCAAUCGUCAUCCACCAUUCAUGACCACAGACUAAAGCUUAUAAACAAAUCUCAGAUUCGUGCCAUUCAGCGUCAGCUUCAAAAGAGUAAACCAGUCCAACCUCCAUCUGAUACUGCAUACAAUGUUGUGGUAGAGGUCCUCCAAAUGGCUGAAAAUUGUAAUACCAAUGUCAGAAGAGAAAAUCAUGAUGAACAAACGUCUUUGAAACAAACUACCCCAUUGGAUAUAAAUACCGAAAGAGGUAACAUUGCACAGGAAGUACUAUUUUCACAACCUAUGGCUAAUCCUCUCGGUGAAACUACCAUUCCUCCUGAUUAUGUAUCUAGACUUCAAGGAUUGCUAAGUGAAAUACUGGUACUGAUGGAGAAUGAGAAUGUUAGAAAAUCUAUGUUGCCGUAUGUGAUGGGUAAUCUGGAAGGCAUGCUGUCUCUCUGUCAUCAAGAAGCUAACUCUCUCGAUGUGAGGCAUGUUGAAGAAGUUCAUAAACCACAUUAGGAUUUUUGGAAAUAUAUUGAAUCAUUAUAACCCAUCAAGACAUAUCAUUGGCAAAGUAAAAACACCAAAACCCACUGAUGGCUAUCCUGUAAUUAUAUUACUAUGAACUAUCAUCCCAUACUGUAUUUCUAAUGUUUUAUCUACUGUGAUAAGCACUCUCCUGAACAUUAGUUUUAAAGAGUUUGGUCCUUUGUGCAAUAUUUUCACUUAACUUUAUUUGUUUUAACUUUACCUGACAAAAAAAAAGAUAUUCAAAUGACCUUUGCAUUUGAUACAGUAUUUCAGCUUCUUCAGAACCUUUCCAUGAAGUCUGUAUUUUCUGUAAAGAAUUGGAUUCCAAUUUGAAAGAGAUCGCAAUGUAUGAACUUAAAGGGGAAGUUCACCCUGAA